AUGCCGUUCUCGCAAUCGGCGUCCGGUCAGAGUGAUGCGAUGACCUUGAAGGAGAAGUUGGACUGGUCUCCGUCAGAAAAAGAUCUUACUGACUGUGCUAUGAAAGGCAAAAUGAAGAUGGACUGUCAUAACUUCGUGAGGGUUUUACAAGUGCUGAACUCCACUCAUAUGUUCUCCUGUGGAACCUUUGCCUUCAGCCCGCGCUGCAUCUACAUCAAUUCAGAGACAUUUUCCAUGGCUACAGGCCCCAGCGGUAAGCCAGAAGAAGGUAGAGGCCGGUGUCCUUAUGACCCGUACCAGAAAAACACUGCCAUUACUGUGGAUGGAGAACUGUACAGGAACGGUGGCAGACUGCGGGAACUGGCCGUCAUUUCGCGACGCGGGCGAGGGCGGCGUGUUGAUCGCGCUGACCACUGUAUGCAGCGUGAACUGAGCUGGUUCCUGAAGGCUAUGUAG